GCCUCAGCUUCUGGUUCAGUUCAGCAUGCAUUACUGAGAUCUUAAUUCAGGACCUUUGAGGCCUCGUAUAACAUAUCAUGAGUGAACAGUAUACUUCAUGUUACAUGUGAAGCAGCUCAAAUCAGCUUGACAGUUUCAACAGCUUGAAGUGGUUGUAAUGGACUCCAGUUGGCCCAUUCUGAUUUGAUAAGCUUUCUAUUGCUGGUAGAUGAUCACAAACAUGGAGCAAAAGCAGACAAACAUACAAUGACAAACAUGUUUUACCUUAGACCUCAGGAAUGUUGGUAAAGUUGUGGAUUUUGUAAAGGCCAAGUUCGGUUAUAGUAUUUCUUGGGGCUUAGCCAGUGACGACAAAAUAUGCAGACUCAAGCUUUAUCAGUUCAGGUCCUCUUGAUUACUUCAGUUGAGUGUGUCUGGAAAGUUUUAAUUGUUGGACUCAUGUUGAUGUAAGGCGUAAAAGACCUCAUUGGCGUGGAGGUUUUCAACCCUUUUUUCCAGAUACAUGUAAAUGUGCCGUUCACUUUCUAAUCCAUACAGCCCAUAUAUGGAAACUAAACUGCAAACCAGCCCACACAGGUCACAUGUAACAUAUCGCUGCUCCCGGAACAAAACUUCAUAUCUCCAAAAUGGUAACUUCACAGGAGAAGGAAAAAAACCUACUUUACUUUUAAUGUCAAAUGGCAAAAGCGUAUGAGUUUAACUGGCAGCGGCCAGUGCCUUACUGUAUGCAAGAGGGAGCGUAUUUUGAUAGAUUUGAUGAGGACCCGUUUGUGUUUGAACCUAACUGCUUUUUCAGAGUGGAUACCUUUGGCUUCUUUGUCACGUGGAAGAGCGAAGGAAAGGAAGGUCAGGUUCUGGAGUGUUCUUUGAUCAACAGCAUACGGAACACAAAUGUGCCUAAGGAUCUGAAGAUUCUUUCAGCACUGGAGGCCACAGGGAAGAGUGAGGGUGACUUAGAGGGCAGGAUCAUCUGCAUAUGCAGCGGCACUGACCUGGUCAAUCUCAGCUUCAUGUACAUAGUGGCCCAAAACAUUAGCAUUGCAAAGCAAUGGACUGACAGCUUGCGGUCAUUGAUUCACAACAGCCGGGCAAACAAUGUGUGCCCAAUGACCUGUCUAAGGAAGCACUGGAUGCGGCUGUCCUUUUUGACCAACAUGAAUGGAAAAAUCCCAGUGAGAAGCAUUACAAGAACAUUUGCUUCAGGAAAAACAGAGAAAGUUAUAUUCCAAGCACUGAAAGAUCUUGGCCUACCCAGUGGAAAGAAUGAUGAAAUUGAGCCAGAAGCUUUCACCUUUGAGAAGUUUUACUCUCUUACUCAGAAGAUUUGCCCCAGAACUGACAUUGAGGUCCUAUUCAAGCAACUCUGUGGAGAAAAGAGUGAUUAUUUAAACAUAGACCAAUUAGUGAGCUUUCUGAAUGAAAACCAGCGGGACCCUCGGCUUAACGAGAUUCUUUUCCCAUUUUAUGACUCCAAGCGUGCAAGACAAAUCAUAGAAAUCUAUGAGACUGAUGAGAAGCUGAAAAGGAAAGGGCUGAUGUCGUGUGAUGGAUUUUGUCGAUACCUAAUGUCUGAUGAGAACGCUCCAGUAUUUUUAGACCGACUGGAACUCUAUCAGGACAUGGACCAACCUCUUGCCCACUACUUCAUCAGCUCCUCCCAUAACACUUACCUGACGGGCAGGCAGUUUGGAGGGAAGUCUUCAGUGGAGAUGUAUCGGCAGGUUCUGCUGUCCGGCUGCAGGUGUGUGGAGCUAGACUGCUGGGAUGGAAAGGGAGAGGAUCAAGAGCCUAUUAUCACUCAUGGCAAAGCCAUGUGCACAGAUGUGCUUUUCAAGGAUGUCAUUCAGGCCAUUAAAGAAACUGCAUUUGUGUCAUCUGAGUACCCUGUAAUUCUUUCAUUUGAGAACCACUGCUCGAGGCAUCAACAGUACAAGCUUGCCAGAUACUGUGAAGACAUUUUUGGAGAUGUGCUUCUCAGACAGCCUUUAGAUUAUUUCCCAAUGGAGCCCGGACAACCUCUGCCUUCACCGAAUGACCUUAAAGGAAAAAUUCUCAUUAAGAACAGAAGAUUAAAACCUGAAGUUGAAAAAAAGCAACUGGAGCACUUCAGGAAGCAUAUGGAAGCUGGAGAAGCCAACAUGUCCACCAACAUGUCUGAAGAUGAGAACGAGGAGGAUACUGGCUCUGCAGAGCUUGUGGAUGAAGCUCACCCAGAGCGGAUAUGUGGCAGCCUUGUCAUUGGGCAGACGACUAAUAGUGAGGGAAGUGUGCUCGGGGCCACAAAGGGAAACGAUGAUGUUGCAGUAUUAGACGCAUUAGCACAAACACCCCUUGAAGCCUCAUGUCAAGAAAAUGGAAAGAAGGCUGGUGAGCCAAGCGUGGCCGAUGAGCAGGCUUUGAUUCAGUCGUACACAUACGUUGCAGCCACCACUAAUAUUCAUCCUUACCUAUCCAGUAUAAUCAACUAUGCUCAGGCUGUGAAGUUCCCAGGCUUUGAGGAGGCUGAAGAGAAGAACAUUCACUACAACAUGUCCUCCUUUAAUGAGUCUGUAGGCCUGGGGUACUUAAGGACCAAUGCCAUUGAAUUUGUCAACUACAACAAGCGGCAGAUGAGUCGGAUCUACCCCAAAGGAGGCAGAGUGGACUCCAGUAAUUAUAUGCCUCAGAUCUUCUGGAACGCCGGCUGCCAGAUGGUUUCUCUGAACUUUCAAACCCCAGAUUUGGCAAUGCAGCUGAACCAAGGAAAGUUUGAGUACAACGGAUCAUGUGGAUAUUUGCUGAAGCCAGAUUUCAUGCGUCGUCCCGACCGAAUGUUUGAUCCUUUUUCGGAGACUCCUGUUGAUGGAGUGAUUGCAGCUACUUGCAGCGUCCAGGUGAUUUCAGGCCAGUUUUUGUCUGACAAGAAGAUUGGCACAUAUGUGGAGGUGGACAUGUAUGGUCUGCCCACAGAUACCAUUCGCAAAGAGUUUCGCACCAGGAUGGUAAUGAACAAUGGACUAAAUCCUGUUUACAACGAGGAGCCUUUUGUGUUCAGAAAGGUAAUCCUACCGGACCUUGCAGUGCUCAGAAUAGCGGUGUAUGAUGACAACAAUAAGCUGAUUGGCCAGAGGAUUCUCCCCCUGGACGGUCUGGAGGCUGGCUACAGACACAUCUCCCUACGAAACGAGGGCAACAAGCCUCUCUCUUUGCCCACUGUCUUCUGCAAUAUCGUCUUAAAAACAUACGUACCCGACGGGUUUGGAGCCAUUGUUGAUGCCCUGUCUGAUCCCAAAAAGUUCUUGUCCAUCUGUGAAAAGAGAACAGACCAAAUGAGAGCCAUGGGCAUUGAGACAUGGGAGAUAGCUGAUGUGCCGAAUGACAGUUCGAAGAGGAGUAAGAAGGGAAAGGUGAGCCAGGUAAAGGCUGUGUCACCUCAGAAGAGUUCAGAGACACACAGCACAUCUUCAGGACAGAAUGCCAGCAUUUUCAGUAAAAAGGAUAUGGCCGCUGCGAUGCCUCAAGUCACUGUUGAUGACCUGAAACAGAUGAAGGCGUACUUAAAACUAGUAAAGAAGCAGCUGAAGGAACGUAAUGCACUGAAGAAAAAGCAUGCAAAGGCGCACACUGCAUUGCAGAGGUCUCAUUCCACUCAAAUGGACAAGAUUGCUGUGCAACACGAAAAGGAAAAGCGAGUACUAGAAAAGCAACUCGAAAAAAACAGCAAGAAAGUCAGUGAAAGUAACUGCUGUGAAAUGGGGAGAGAAAUAGAAAUGAAGAUGAAGACUAUAACCACAGACCACAAAACAAAGGUUAAAGAUAUGGCUGCUGCCCAGGCCUGUGAGUGGGCUGAGAUGAUGAAGGCCCUCAGUGCUGAAAGUCAGGAGCUUGGAGAUCAGCAUGUGCUACAGCAGUGUGAGCAGCUCAGAAAGCUCAUGCUAAUGACACAGGAGCAGCAGACGCAGCAGCUCUCACACCACCAUGAUCGACAGAGCAAGGAGAUGAGAGCCAGCCAAGCAAAGUCUUCGAUGGAGAACGGCAGAGCUAUAAGUCAGGACAAAAGCAUCAAAAACAAGGCUGAACGAGAACGGAGAGUUAGAGAGCUGAACAGCAACAACACCAGAAAAUUUCUCACAGAGAGAAAACGGCUUGCCAUGAGCCAGUCCAAAGAGAUUGAACAGCUCCAGACAGCCCAGCGUGAACAACUGGAGAAGCUGGAUAAAUAUAUCGCUGAGCUGCUGAAAUCGCACCAUUCAAAAUCGCAGCAUCAAGGCCAGAGUGACGUAGCACCUGCACAGCAUGAAGAAGAAGAAGAACUGAUCACUUCUUAACCAUUUACAUUUUACUUUUAUGGCAUUUGGCAGACGCUCUUAUCCAGAGCGACUUCCAAUUUAAUCAUUUUAUGAAGGUAGGCCAAGAUGUUGUUAGGAGUCUUGCCCAAGGACUCUUAUUGGUAUAGUGUAGGGUGCUUGACCACAUGUGAACAAAUACAUAUAAAAGGUUUAAGAAGUGUAUUUUGUAUAGAUAUAUAGGUUUAUAUUUUAAUGUUUCAGUGCUUAAGUAAAUAUAUCCUGAAAGUGGGCAUUACUUUUAUAAAAACUUUUAUAUAGAUGUUUUCAUAUAGUCAAUUUUUAUAUAGAAGAUUUUAUUUCCUGCUUGGUGUUUACUGUAUACUGUAAGGUGUUUGAUUCGAUUUUUUUAUAGGCUGCAACACUUUAUGUUCAGACUCUCAGGGUAAAAGUUUUGUAGAGACAUAUGAAACAUUUACUUAAGUUGGUGCACUCGUUUGAGCGUAAUUUGAUUACAAGUCUUAAUACAAUUAACAAUGUUGGUGAUGUCAUCUGAGAGUUAAACAUCAAACAUUAAUCUGGACAAAGAUAUGUAUCUGAGGAAUGAAAGAACACUGACGCUGGUAGUGCAAGCAAGCAAGCAAGCAAACAAAUAAAUAAAUAAGCCAGUAAAUAACAAUGCUCACCCAUCAGCCACAGCAAACCAUGAGAACUCACAACCUUCAAUUGUACAUGAAUAAAUUAUCCUAAGCAGAAUGUAUUCUCUAUGAUAUGUGCAUUCAGUCAAAUUCACAAGAUUUGAACUGCCUUCACAGUGAAGCUCUUAUUUUCUUUGUUAUGGAGCUGUUUUGAGCCUAUUGGGCUGCCUUUAGUUUUCCAAUCUUGUUUCGGGUUGAUUUCCACUGUUAGUCAUGACAUCAACUAAACACAAUGAUUCACAGUGCACUGAAAAUAAAUGAGGAGGGGGCACAAUGUAGAACUUGAAUAUUUAUGAGAUCACUUGCAGUCUUCUAGAACCCUAGAGAACUGUAUUGGGGAGCACAAAGAUGUUUACAAAAAGCUUUUAUUUUUCACCGUUUUUGGGGGUAAAAUGAUAAACUAGCUAUUGUAAAGGUCCUUAACUGAGAUUUGAGGGCAUUUCUAGAUAGAUUUGUUUUUCAUGCAACAGGCAAAACGUGAUGGAUGGACAUUGGAGUGUAGCUUUUUAGAGUCAGGUGGCUUCUGUGUGCGUGUGCAUGCAUUUUUUUUUUGUGUUGCCUGGAACAAAUCAGAUUCCUCUGUGCUUGAUUCUCUAGUGAAAAGCCUAUCAGCUGGACUUUUCAUCACUGCUUAUUCUAUCAGAGAUAAUGUUCUCAUUAUAGUUACAUAUUUAACCUGCUUAAGAAUUAGCAAUACAGUUAUAUUGGACAGUCUUCUGUAAUAUUCUAUAAUAAUGUUUAGCUAUGCAUUUACCCGAUUAUAUUUUAAGAAUGAUGUGAGCGUUUCUCUUUCUAUUUCUCUUAAUAUUUUGAAGAGCAUAUUGUACUGUAUAAGUGUAUACUUGAAAUGCACUAAAAAGAUUUUGAUUAAGCAAUGAGAUAUUUUAGUAGAUCCUCUUUCACCGUAAUAGCUAAAAUGUGUGUGGAAUUUCAUUACAAGUAUUUAUACUGUCUGGGUAUUUAUCAAUAUUUCAAGAUAAUUACACAACACUUUGGAGUUUGUAUCACACAUUUACUUUGUUACUUGGGACAUUGUAAAAUAAAGCAAUUUCAAUGUGUUA